AUGGGCGGCCCAGCUCGUUUGAGCCGGGUCGAGUUCCGGAUAUUCGUGGGCCGGUCCUCGAGCAGUGGAAACCAACAACCGAUGACCAUGAUGCUCCCGACUUUCCUCAGGGUCUUGUCAAGACCUCCAGUGAGCCAGCUACGACCCUCGAAUCUGACCGUUCAUGCGACACGGGCUACUUUCCAUUCUUCCUGCAUUGCCGAAGGCGGACGCUUAAGCAAGAUCCCUUGGCGACUGUCGAGUACGAGGAAAGCUAACCUCAGGAAACGACUGCGAGAGGUCGAUUCGGUCAUCCAAGCCGUACAAGAAAGCGGCGUCCAAUGUGAAGCUUUGACAAAAGCUAUGGAGUUGCCGACUGAAGCUGAUAUGACUCCGAGGGACAAAUACUUCGUCUUCUCAGCUCGAUCGAAAGGAUAUCGGAAAGGAAUCCACAAAGUGCCCCAUUUUACAAAGAUCACUUCCCGAGUCAACCCGAAGGGAUUCUAAGCUUCCUCGUGUAUAUGUAUGCGUGUGGCAACGGAUGUCGAUCGAUUUCAAAUCAUUAUUAAAUUCAAAAAGAGUAUAGCUGGGCACGUUUGGUCCACAUUGUGUAAAUUGAUAAUCGCUAAGUAACAAAAACUAUACAUACAUACCUUGCCUUGCUUUGGUGAUCACUUCUAAGAAAACGCAACAGUCCACUGAGAGCUACCUUGGCGGUACUAAAAUUUCGAUAAACACGUUUCAUCUUUUUCUCGCAAUUACAUACCCAUGCAAGUACAGCACAAUCAGAUUUGUCAAUGUAGUCACUGGGUCACUUUUUUUCAUAGAGAUAAUCCUAGGUCAUAUUCAUUUCCAAA